AUGAUGUCGAGCUCGUCGUACGGAGAGCUGAACCCGUACGAGGAGGCUCGACUGUACACCAACAACCAUGAUCGAGAGCGGUACGAAAACAUGGCAACACUGUUCAGCCUCAUCGUCGCUCUCGACUACCUCGAGCGCGCGUACGUACGCGAGUCGAUCAGCGAGAAAGAGUACGCACCAGCGUGUACCAGACUGCUCGCACAGUACAAGACGAUGCUGAAGCUCAUCGUGGACCAGGAGAAGCACUCGUCUAAGCCCAUCAACGACCUCGCCGACUUUAUGCGCAUCUACAAGAUGAACUACCUCGCAGCCGUGCACCGUCUCAACGUGGGAGUGCCAGCGACAGUGGAACAUGCCUCAUCCUCAUCCUCUCAGACCUCAUCCGAGAGGGCCAAAUGGGUUGCAGAGACGACGCAAAACUUUAUCACAUUCAUGGAUGCGCUCAAGCUCAAGUUGCGCGCCAAGGAUCAGUUGCAUCCGAUGCUAAGCGAGCUCAUGCGUGGAUACAGCCGCAGCGACGAGGUAGGAAAGGAUUCGGAUGCGAGCGAUACAAGGGCGAAGCUGCUAAAGUGGCUCAUCACGCUCAACCAGAUGAAGGCGAGCGACGAAAUCGACGAAGACCAGGCUCGUCAGAUGCUAUUCGACGUCGAAGGCGCCUACAACAGCUUCUUCCGCGCGUUGCAAGACUAG